GAUGCGCGUUCACGUCGGAUGCAGUCGAUUUUCGGCACAACACCUGAUGUGCUGCUGCGUCUCCUCCUCAGUCUCCUCCUCAGUCUCCUCUUUCUCCUCCUUCACGCUGCUGCUCUCGUGUCACCGUGGAAACAUGGAGCUCGCCUCUCUGUGAACCAGUGAACUGACGAAGGAUCUCAGGAUGAUGUCCACUUACUACCACCCAGUGAAGGACGCGGAUAUGGCCGCCAUGACGGAGCCGCUGUGUCUCGAGAGAGACGUGUGCAGAGUGAUCGAGCUCCUGGACCGGCUGCAGCGCAGCGGUGAGCUGCCUCCACCCAAACUUCAGGCCUUGCAGAGAGUCCUGCAGAGUAAAUUCUGUGCUGCCAUCAGAGAGGUGUAUGAGCAGCUUUAUGACACUCUAGACAUCGUUGGAGGACCAGAGGUGCGAGCACAGGCAACAGCCAAGGCCACAGUGGCAGCAUUUGCAGCGAGCGAGGGCCACGCACAUCCAAGGGUGGUGGAACUCCCCAAGACAGAAGAGGGUCUGGGCUUUAACAUCAUGGGUGGCAAGGAGCAGAACUCCCCCAUCUAUAUCUCCAGAGUGAUCCCUGGUGGUGUGGCUGACCGCCAAGGAGGGCUGAAGAGAGGAGACCAGCUGCUGUCUGUCAAUGGUGUGAGCGUUGAGGGGGAGCACCAUGAGAAGGCGGUGGAGCUGCUGAAAGCUGCCCAGGGUUCAGUCAAACUGGUGGUCCGGUACACUCCGAAGGUCCUGGAGGAAAUGGAAGCUCGCUUCGAGAAGAUGAGAAGCGCCCGCAGACGACAGCAGCACGCCAGCUACUCAUCACUGGAGUCCCGGGGUUAGUUGAUCCCUUCAUCCAACUCAUUGUACAACCCUCCUGCCUCUUGUGUUCCAGUGGGAGGAGAAGCAGGAACCAGAAGAGCCGACUGUCACCUGAACUGUGCACUUUAUUUUAUUUCAUCUUAUUGCCUCAAAACCUCAUGAUAUCUUACACACACACACACACGGCCCAUUGAAACUCUACACCAGUGUUCAUUAAUACAAAGAUAGCAGCGGAGAAAAUCCUGAGCUCUCAAAAUAAAAUCAUUAUCGUCGACGUUAAAACACACAGGUGUAAAUAAACUGAGCAGAUUUAUUCUCUCAUCAUCAUUCUCGUCCUCUUCCUCACACAUACAGAGAUUAAGAUGACUCUUCAUUUGUUAUACACACUCACAUCCUCUGGUAUCUGCAGUAGAAGAGUAUUUCUCAUUUUCCUCUAUGUACCACCAGAGGAAGCUCACGCACCAUAGUUUGAGAACCAUGGCUCUUGGUCACAGGGCAGCUGAACGUUGUGGGGGCAGUUCAGAGUUUAUACAGACAUGACUCACUGCUGCCCUGUGGGAGGUUUAAUUUGUCAAAAGUCACGGCAGACACAUGGGAAUAUUCAAUCUCUUUAUUCUAAUAUAUAAUAAUAUAUAUAAUUAUAUAAUAUAUGUAAUAAUAUAAAUAUUAUAUAAUAUGUAUAAUAUUCCCCACAUUAUAUUCCACUGCUGUGAAACGUGCUUGUGUUUCUGUUUCAGAUCAAGCACAAUAAAAUAACCUCUCAGUGGUCGCCGUGUUGAUGCCUGCAGCUUGGCGCUCAGCACUGCCCUCUAGAGAACGUGUUGUGUAACAUGUGUAGAAGAGUGACGGACGAGAAACAGACGUAUAAAUGAUGAGUUUAGAUUCAGCAGUUACAGGAAUGAGACGGGGCUGGAGGAUGAGGAGCAAUGUUAGUUAUGUGUGUUCUUGUAUCACGAGAAAACAUCUCCUACUAUGACUGGACAGAAUCACAUCAACAUCUGUCAUUGGUGGCUUCACUAGAGUUAGUUGGAGAGUUAGUGUUACAGUUCGAGUUCGAGUUCGAGUUAGAAUUAGUGUUAGAAUUAGAAUUAGAAUUAGAAUUAGAGUUAGUGUUAGAGUUUAUGUUAGAAUUAGAAUUAGAGUUAGUGUUAGUUAGUGUAGUCAGUGUUCAUGUGAUUCCUCUGCUCAUCUGCAUCUGUCCAUCACUAAGUGGACCAUUCAUUAGCAGUAAAGGUCCAGUGUGUAUGAAUACUACGGUGGCCUUCACAUACCAGAAAGGAUGUAAACACUCACUCUCUCACUCCUCCUCCUCCUCCUGAGCCUUUUCUAAAGUCCAUGUAAAUGAUGUACACAAUGCUGUGUUCCACUUGUUUCCUCUGUCAGGAACCAGGAUGAGUCCUCAUGGAAAAACCUGGUCCUAAUGGAAGUUUAGGGCUAAUGUUUGAAAUGUGCUUUGGUUAGGGUUAACCAUUAACUGGUUAUAUUUAAGAUUGGAGAUACUGCAUUCCAUUUGUUUACAAGCGUGUGUUUGACAGUAAAUUAGUCAAACACAUAAUAAAAUAACAUGUCGCCCGAUGUCUGUCUCCCACCCUCGACUUCUCUGUGAAUGCUGUGAACUCAGAGGAGAUGUCACUCCGAGUUUGAAAGCAGCAGCAGCAGCAGCAGCAGCAUUAUUCUAUUUUAAAAUGAUAUUUAUACAAUAAACCCUCCUAAAUGUUACACACUGGACCUUUAAGAACUACAGUGAAGUUGUAGUUGGUGAGUCUGGUGUUAGACACAGUGUUUUUGUAUUUGUCAUUUAUUUCUAUGUCCUAUAUUUAUUUAGUUGCAUAAUUACUUGUGAAAAAGACUGACUGCAUAUAGAGCACCGUCUAAACGCUCAUUGUCAUGUAGCUGAAGUUUGCAUUUAUGAGGAAUUAAAGAGACAUUUGUGACCAA